AUGGGGAACGCGUCGUCGAUGCUGACGCAGUACGACAUCGAGGAGGUGCAGGAGCACUGCAGCUACCUAUUCUCGCAGCAGGAGAUCGUGUCGCUGUACGAGCGAUUUUGCCAGCUCGACCGCAGCGCCAAGGGCUUCGUCGCCGAGGACGAGUUCCUCUCCAUCCCGGAGUACUCCACCAACCCGCUCUCCCAGAGGUUGCUACGUAUGGUUGAUGGAUUGAACUUCAAGGAAUUUGUUUCUUUUCUCUCUACCUUCAGCGCAAGGGCCAGCCUUCAGCAAAAGAUUGAGUUUAUAUUUAAGGUGUAUGACAUUGAUGGCAAGGGGAAAGUAAGCUUCAAGGACCUGGUGGAGGUUUUACGGGACCUAACGGGCUCAUCCAUGUCAGAGCAACAAAGAGAGCAAGUACUAACAAAGGUGUUGGAAGAAGCUGGGUACACACGGGAUUCCACUCUAUCAUUAGAAGAUUUUGUAACGAUCAUCGACCACCCUGGCCUGAAGAUGGAGGUGGAAGUGCCCAUCGACUAG